AUUAUUUGCAGAGGGAAUAUUGACUUUUCAAGGUUACUCUGUUAGGCAGCCUGAAUAUCAGUUGAAGUCAUGAAGAAAAGACCAAAGCUUACUCUGAUUUUCGAUGAGGAGAAAAGAAAGGAAUAUCUCACUGGAUUUCGAAAAAGAAAGCUAGAACGUAAGGAAAAAGGACGUUUAGCAGCAGAAAAGCAGUUAAAGGAAGAAAUCAAGGCAGUCAAAGCAAAAUACAGAGAAGCUGCUCGCCAAAAAAUGGAAGGUAUCCAUUUGCCCGGAAUGCUAGAUUGUACUGAAAGUGUGCGUUCUUGUCAAAGUGAAAUAAUCGGCGAUCACAACGUUGUUAUUCAGGAACUUGAUAUUUCUAAUUGUCAUUACUUUAUGGGAGCUGCUUGCGAGGAACAGAAAUCUGAACCAGUCGAUUGUGUUGCAGAACCAAAAAUGUCGCUUAAGAAAGCACUCAAAAUGAAUCCAAUGAGAAGUAAAAAGCGGUUUCGUCGUGCAAAGAAAAAACCUUGUGCUAAAAAUAAACGUCGACACUAGCUAUUUUCAAAAAUAUUCCCUUUAUAUGUACAUUCUUGUAUAUUAAACAAUCCAAUGAAUAUUUUCAUACUGUAGUGAAUCUUUUAACUAUUCUAUUCUUAGUACGAACGUUUGUUGAAAAUAAUGUGUUUAUUAACAGUGCUGAACUGCUGUAUUAUUAACAUAAAUUGACACUGUAAAAUGAAAUGGGGAUUUCCUAUAAAUAAGCGAAUAGAUUAAGUGAAAAGUUGUUAGUAUCGAAAACAGUUUUCUUCUACCUCCUGCGUUAUGUUAUUUUCAUUUCAGAUAAAUAGUGUGGAGUGAAAUCUUUGAAUGUACUGGGUUCUAACGUUUAGCUCCGUUAUAUAUUUCGGCUCUGAUUCUACAAGUUGCGCAUAAAAUGGUGACAUGCCCUGAUUGUAUACGCAAGGUAGAAGAGGAUGGAGAAUUUUCUUCUGUGUAUACAAAUCAGUGUUUUCAUCCUAAUCUCUAAGGCCUUGGCAAUGCAAAGUAUACGGCAGCUUACUCUGAUUUGUUUAUUAUAAA